AUGGGCAACGAUGGCGGCUCCAUCCCCAAGCGCCGCGAACUCGUAAAAGAAGCCGCCAAAGCCCUCACCACGACCCAAGCAAAAGAGCAGCUUACCGAGCAACAAGAGUACCACUGGUCGACCUGUCCACUCUCACGGAGACCACUCGCCACACCCGUAGUCAGCGAUGCCGCAGGCACACUCUACAACAAAGACUCCGUCAUCGAGUUCCUGCUGACAGAGGACGGCCGCGAGAAGGAGGAAGCGGGCAAAGUCGCGGACGUCAAGUCUGAAGGGCGGUUUGCCGAGUUGGGCAGCACAGGGAAUCGAGUCAAGGGGCUGAAGGACGUCGUGGAGGUCAAGUUCGAGGUUGGCGCGAGCGAGCCGCGAGAAGGGAGUGGGAGGAAGGAGAAUUGGGUUUGCCCGAUUACUGGGCGCGAACUGGGGCCAGGCGCAAAGGCGGUGUACAUUGUGCCGUGUGGGCAUGCAUUUGCUGGGAGUGUGGUCAAGGAGGUUGCGGGAAGUGUGUGCUUGCAGUGCAAUGAGCCGUAUGCGGAGAACGACGUUAUACCUAUCCUGACCACCGUACCGACCGAUCUUGCGCGGUUGAACUUGAGAAUCAAGACGCUGAGGGAGAAGGGCCUUACACACGCGCUAAAGAAGGCGUCAGGAAGCAAGAAGCGCAAGAAGAAUGCCGACAAAGAAACAAACGGCGACUCUGUACCCACCGGAUCGAACGGCACAACUGCGAAAUCCAAGCCGACGUCUGACGAAGACAACAAGUCGAAGGUCAACGCGAACGACGAGAGGAAGGAUGGCACAGACAACGGCAUCAAGAAUUCGGCUACAGCGUCGCUGACACGCAAGGUCAUGGAAGAGCAGGAAGAAAGGAACAAGAGACGCAAACUCGCGCAGAACGAGCACGUCAAGAGUCUGUUCAACACGAGUAGUAACAAGCCAAGUGCAGGAAACAGUGCGGACUACAUGACAAGAGGGUUCAGUAUUGGGAAGAAAUGA